AUUCGAUACUUAUUAUACAAAAAUUCCGAACUCUAAUACAGUGGGAUUACUGCACUAGUUUAGAGCAUUUUUUAGCCAACUUAUUAUUAUCUACAACGGUCGAGACCAAUUUCAGUAAUCCAUUUCCAAGGGCUAAGCCUAAUUUUCGGGUGACCUCCCAUUCUUCCAAAUUCAAAAAGUACCUUAAACUCCCUGCUUUCCCAAUACGAAGUGAGGGCAAUUUAGUAAAUUCAUGACUACAAAUCUUCCCGUUACCAAGUCUGUAACGCUAGCCCCGCAGCCGUCCAAAGUAAAGCGAGUGAAAUCCCUUUUUUGUAACAUUAGGGCGAAAGAGAGGGCAGUCUUGGAAUAGCACAAACGCAACCACCUUAUAAAUACCAAAGUAGACUACUUAACCACCCAGCACGUCCCAAAGACGCUUUCCUUCGUAUUCGUUCCUUAUUUUCCAAGUUUGCCCUCAUCUUUUCCAUGGCCGGCCGUUACGAAGCGGAGAUCACCGUCAGCUCCGGCAAGGACCUGAAGAACGUGAAUUGGCGUCACGGCGACCUGAAGCCGUACGCCGUCUUGUGGAUUAACUCUCAGGACAAGUGCUCCACCAAAGUCGCCGAUGACGGCGACACCUAUCCCCGGUGGGACCACAAACUCGUCAUCCCCCUCCUCACCCCGAUCGAUGACUCCACCCUCUAUGUCGACGUCGUCCAUGCCGGCGCCGCCGAAGGCACCAAGCCACUUAUCGGCUCCGGCAAGCUCCACCUCGUAGAGAUCGUUGACGAGGGCGGCAUCGGCGUUCCGGUCAAGCGAUCCAUCAAGCUGAAACGCCCCUCCGGCCGGCCGCAGGGGAAGAUCGAGAUCGAGGUUAACGUGCGGCAGCCCUACCGUGCGCCGGAUCCGUACUACGCAUCCCCCUACGGCGUCCCUCAGCCGGCGACUUCCCGGGACUUCUCCGCCCCCUACGGCGGACAGUCUUACGGCACCGCUCCUCCCCCGGCACCGUACGGCGCCUCUCCCUACGCGGCUCCGCCGGCCGGAUACCCUUACGGAGCUCCGCCUCCGGGACCGUACGGGCAGCCGGCGUACGGGCAGGCACCGCCCGCGUACGGACAGGCACCACCGAUGUACGGGCAGGAUGCGACGGGGACGAAGAGCGGGAAAAAGCACGGGAUGGGGAUGGGCACGGGAAUUGCGGUGGGGGCGGCGGCGGGGCUGUUGGGGGGACUGGCGUUAGCGGAGGGGGCGGAUUACGUGGAGAACAAGAUCGCAGACAAUGCGGCGGAGAAGGUUGAGGAUGAUCUGGGGUAUGAUUAUGACGAUGAUUUCUGAGUAAUCGCAGGUGGGUCGAUGAUCAUUUCCCUUUUUCUCUUCUUCAUCUUCUUCAAGUGCUUUGGGGGGGUUUUAAAAUUCAGCAGCCCGUUGUUUUUAGGGUGUUUUACUUUCCUUGUUGGUGAUGUUGUUGUCUGGUUGGUUGGUUUGAUAAGCGGUUGUAAUAUGUAUGUGAACUCACAGAGUCUUAAAUUACAGAAGAGAAACACAUAGAUCAGCCUUUGCGCA